AUGAAGGCCUUGCAAAUCGCUCUUGUAUUUUCGGCUAUUGUGGCCAUUGCCUUCGCUGCAAAUGCCAGUUGGGGAGCCAAAUUGUCCAGCAGUAAGUUGGCCAGCACUCAGAACGUGACCAUCUACAAGAAGGCCAACCAAUAUGUGAGCAGUAUCAUCAGUUUCCCACUGGCGGGCCAGAGCAACACCAAAACCAUUCGGUACAUUAGCAUAACUGAUAGGUUUACCAACAGCUCGGGACCGUACUCCACCUUGUGGUCCGGUGGGCCAGGAUUCAUCAGUGCCAAGGUCAAUGUCACGAGCCAGUUUUCUCAAGGAAUCAAUGUGACUGCUCAAUUUUGGGUAGAUGCCUAAACCUACAACUUUU